UGAGCAAGUUGCAAAUUGCAACAUCAUCAACAAUCGGCAACAAAAGAAGGUGAAGUGGAUAAUGUCAUAAUCCUUAAACUAUAUAGGUAGAGGUCCCCACCACACACACACGGUGUGAUUUCAGAGACCAAGUUUUAUGAAGUGUCUAAAAGGGUCACAACACAACACAACUCAACUUCACCCAAGUGCUAUUGCUAUCUAUUUUUCUCUCAACUGAACUCUCAUCACUCUCUCUGAGUCUUAAAAUGCAAGGAGGAUUGCGAGUGUUCUUAUCACAAGGAAGUGUAGUAAAAAAUGCUGUUUUGCAAAGAAUCCGCAUGGCAAGUCCCCUACUGCAGCCAGUUGGGUUUUCGCGGUUUGAGUCCGGCGCGCCUUCUCGGAUGGAAGAGCAGGGUUUCGAGAGCACGACAGUUGCAGACAUCUUGAAAGGGAAAGGAAAAAGUGCAGAUGGAUCCUGGCUUUGGUGCACCACAGAAGACACCGUUUAUGAUGCUGUUAAAUCGAUGACACAAAACAAUGUUGGAGCUUUGGUUGUGGUGAAACCUGGUGAGCAGAAAUCAAUUGCUGGAAUUAUAACAGAAAGAGAUUACCUCAGGAAGAUCAUUGUUCAGGGAAGAUCAUCCAAGUCCACCAAGGUUGGGGAUAUUAUGACUGAAGAGAACAAACUUAUCACGGUGACACCCGAUACAAGAGUUCUGCGAGCGAUGCAACUGAUGACAGAUAACAGAAUCAGACACAUUCCUGUCAUUAAUGAUGAUAGUGGGAUGAUAGGCAUGGUGUCCAUCGGUGACGUGGUUCGCGCUGUGGUGAGCGAGCAUCGGCAAGAGCUUGAUCGCUUAAACGCUUAUAUACAAGGAGGUUAUUAGAUGAUGAUGAUGAAAAUGGAUUAUGUAAUAAGGUUGAGGUUGGUUGAGUGCUUGUAGAUAUGUAAUGUUUUAGGCUAUAGAGAGCCAUCUUUGUUUGCUUCUUUAAUCUUGAACUUCCCUUAAGUUUUAUGGAUAGUACUUGAAUUUUCAUGUUAAUAAUCACUACUGCAUAUGAAUGCAGUAUGGAAUUCUGUUCUCUUC